AACAGAAACCUUUUAUUUCUGAAUUCUGAUAAUUUAUUCUGUUCUUCGAGCUUCAAGUUGUAUAAAUUUGUGCUCCAUUUCCAAACCUUUCUUCUUCAGUGAUCUUUCAAAACUCUGUUCUGAGUUCUCUCUCUCUUCUUUUGAUCACUCUCCUUCUUCAAAAAUCUUGUAUGGUUAUGGCGAAAACUAUUCUCGUCACCGGUGGCGCUGGCUACAUUGGAAGCCACACUGUUCUCCAGCUCCUCCUCGGCGGUUACCGCACCGUCGUCGUCGAUAACUUGGACAACUCCUCUGAAAUUGCUCUUCGCCGGGUCAAGGAGCUCGCCGGAGAUCUCGGCAAAAACCUUACGUUUCAUCAGCUGGACCUCCGGGACAAACGGGGACUGGAGAAGGUGUUUGCUUCAACACCAUUUGAUGCUGUUAUACACUUUGCUGGACUGAAAGCAGUUGGUGAAAGUGUACAGAAACCAUUGCUUUACUAUGACAACAACUUAAUUGGAACAAUUGCUUUAUUGGAAGUCAUGGCGGCCCAUGGGUGUAAAAAGCUUGUGUUCUCAUCUUCAGCCACUGUUUAUGGUUGGCCGAAGGAGGUACCAUGUACAGAAGAGUUCCCCCUCUCUGCGACAAACCCAUAUGGACGAACCAAGCUCUUCAUAGAAGAAAUUUGUCGUGACAUAUACCUUUCGGACUCUGAAUGGAAAAUCAUAUUGCUAAGAUAUUUCAAUCCCGUGGGUGCACAUUCCAGCGGCCAUAUUGGUGAGGAUCCCCAUGGAAUCCCAAACAAUCUCAUGCCCUUUGUACAGCAAGUUGCUGUUGGCAGGCGUCCUGCAUUGACGGUCUUUGGAACUGACUAUUCAACAAAAGAUGGAACUGGCGUACGUGACUAUAUUCAUGUUGUUGAUUUAGCUGAUGGACACAUUGCUGCAUUGCGGAAAUUAGAUGCAGCUGGUGUUGGUUGUGAAUUCUUCAAUUUGGGAACUGGAAAGGGUACAUCAGUUUUGGAGAUGGUUGCAGCAUUUGAAAAGGCAUCUGGAAAGAAAAUUCCUCUAGUGAUGUCUGAACGCCGACCUGGUGAUGCUGAGGUCGUCUACGCAUCAACGCAUAAGGCAGAAAAGGAGUUGAACUGGAAAGCAAAAUAUGGAAUCGACGAGAUGUGCAGGGAUCAGUGGAACUGGGCCAGCAAAAAUCCCUAUGGCUAUGAAUCUCCAAACUCCAACUGAUGCCUUACACUAAUCUAAUCUUGGGGCCAUCUCUUAGCCCCACAGGCUUUUGCAUUUACUCUCACUUCUCCACUUUUAGAUUUAUGUUAUCUUAUGUUAUAUAAACUUCUUGGUUACGAUACAAGUUUAUCGUCACCGAGAUAUCGAUAUUUUGAAGAUUGUUCGGCCACCCCUCAAUCUAAUAAAAAGGCUCCUUUGCUUCUUUAUUGAGUUA